GCCCGCCCGCCGGCUUCCGGACUUCCUCUGCUCCGCGCUGGCCCCGGCCUCCUCGCGGACUCCACUUGUUGCCCCGGCCUCCUCGUGGACUCCACAUGUUGCCCCGGCCUCCUCGCGGACUCCACUUGUUGCCCCGGCCUCCUCGUGGACUCCACAUGUUGCCCCGGCCUCCUCCCGGACUCCACAUGUUGCCCCGGCCUCCUCGCGGACUCCACAUGUUGCCCCGGCCUCCUCCCGGACUCCAGGCAUGGCCCCGGCCUCCUCGUGGACUCCACAUGUUGCCCCAGCCUCCUCGCGGACUCCACUUGUUGCCCCGGCCUCCCCUGCCAUCAUCCAGGAGGCUGUGGUCCUCUCAAUUGUAGGGACACUCACGCCUGCCAGCCUCGGAACCAGCAGCCGCGCUGUUCCCGCCGGCCCGUGGGCGCACGUUUCUGCCCGGACUGAGCUCUCCCGGGACUGGAGCACAGCUGGGAUCCAGCCGGGCCGUGGACCGUGGAGCCGGGCAGUCAGGCCUCGUUCCUCCAGCCACCUUCAGCCUCGAGCCCAUGGGUUCUCUAGGAUUGUGUCUCCUCUGUCUCGGGUCGGAAAACAGAUGUGACCUGUAAAAUAAACACAACCCCCAAACCAGGUGGCUGCAGGCUUCGCCCCCAGCCGGUCAUCACAGCAGAAAUGUCAGGAAAGGAGAACAACUUCCCGCCGCUGCCCAAGUUCAUCCCGCUGAAGCCAUGCUUCUACCAGAACUUCUCCGACGAGAUCCCCAUCGAGCACCAGCUGCUAGUGAAGAGGAUCUUCCGGCUGUGGCUGUUCUACUGCGCCACCCUGGGGGUCAACCUCAUCGCCUGCCUGGCCUGGUGGAUCGGCGGCGGCUCGGGAGCCAACUUCGGCCUGGCCUUGGUCUGGCUGCUGCUCUUCUCCCCCUGCAGCUAUGUGUGCUGGUUCCGGCCCGCGUACAAGGCCUUCCGAGCCGACAGCUCCUUUAACUUCAUGGCCUUCUUCUUCAUCUUCGGAGCCCAGUUUGUCCUGACCGUCAUCCAGGCCGUCGGCUUCUCGGGCUGGGGCGCAUGUGGUUGGCUGGCAGCGAUCGGGUUCUUCCAGACCAAUGUCGGGGCUGCUGUGGUCAUGCUGCUUCCAGCCAUCAUGUUCUCCAUGUCAGCUGCCCUGAUGGCCGUCGUGAUCAUGAAGGUGCACAGGAUCUAUCGAGGGGCUGGCGGAAGCUUCCAGAAGGCGCAGACGGAGUGGAGCACAGGUGCUUGGCGGAACCCGCCAUCUCGGGAGGCCCAGUACAACAACUUCUCCGGGAACAGCCUGCCCGAGUACCCCACGGUGCCCAGCUACCCGGCCGGUGGCGGCCAGUGGCCCUAGAGGGAGCCAGCCGGCCUGCCUCCCCCUCCACUCCCGCUGCUGCCCUGGGUCCCCUGAGCCCUGGAGCCUGUACCCCGUCCCUCCCGGGCAGCAGCUCAGCCUCUCCCCGAGCUGGGACGGCAGGAGGGGUCAGUGGCCGCCAGGGCUCCCAGCCAGGCUGCCCCGCGUUCCUCUCCCUGCCCUGCUGGCACAAGGAUGCUCUCCUCACCCCCACCGCGCUCGCCCCAGAACCGCGGCGGCCUCACACUCCCCGUGCGGUCUCAGAGGGCCCACCGCGGCCUCCUCGUCAGGGCGCUCGCCCCAUGCCAGGACGAGGGAGCCUCGGCACCAGGUUGCUGGGCCCCUCGGGCGACAGAGGGACUUGAGGCACAGCGGCUCCUCGGGACUUUUGUCCUCCUGAGUCCCCCACCGCCUGCUGCGGGAGGGCCCACCGGCUGAGCCCUCGGGAUGGCCAGAGGCAGAUCCGUCGCCUCCACGAUCUGAGCGCUGCCCCCGCCCCCGUUUGUCUGUCCGUCCAUCCCAGUUCCUCCGCCCCGGGCUGCUCGGCUGCUGUGGGGGCCGGCCUGCCUCCCAACUCCUGCCCACGGUCACUCGCAUCCCGAGACGCCUUUUCCCUGUAAUGGUUAGAAGUCCACGCCCGGGGAGGCUAAGGGAGAGAGGCCCCACCAGCACCCCGCCCCGUGCAGGCGCAGAGGAGAGCGGGCGGCUCUUGAGGUCACACCUGUCCUGGGCCGGCCCUGUUCUGGAUCUGCGGGAGGCGGGGCGUGCAGUUUCUCAGGAGGGCAGCCCUGGGAGGAGAUGGCGACCCACCUCUGUGCCUUAUCGAGGAGUCUGAGCAGCCUCGCCGUGCUUGCUCCCUUCCCCUUCUGCUGGCUUCUUCCAGACGAAGGAACCCAGUGUCCCAGGGGCUCUGCAGCCGCUUUGUGACUGGACGGACCACAGGAGGCCUCCUGGUGGCCUCAGGCUGCCAGGUGCCCCUCCCUCCCCAGCACUGCCCCUCGGCUGCUUCCCCGGGACGCCUGCUUCUAGAAGCCCCCGGCCGGAGGGCCACGCUGUUCCCCGGGCCUGCGCUUGCUUGCUUGAGCUGUUUGUGCCAUGGUCCCUGGAGGAAGUGGCUGCAUCCAGGUCCCCAGCGGACGAGGCCUCCUGGAUGGAAACCCAGCCCCGGGUCUCCUGGUGCCCCUAACGUCCCCGAGCCGGCCUCUCGCACGGAGAGGUGCUCACCGUGGGGCCGAAUCUCGUCAUGACCCUAACGCUGAUGGUGACACAGCCCGUUGGCCAGGUGGUCAGCAAGUGGUCACCCCAUGUCGGAGGAAGACACAUGGAUUCACCACGGCUCCCCCCUCCCCCGUGCCCCCACUGUCCUUGGCACCUUUGUUAAUACGUUGAGGUGGUUUUUGUUAUCAGAAAAUAUCCUGGAAAUAAAUACGUUCUUUCUGCA